GACGCAGAGGCUGUUGGGAAGAGAGGUCAAGAAUCGAUGGCUGCGGAGUGCACUGAUUUACAACCGUAAGGGAUACUUUCACCUUGUAGCACCAGUCUAUACAAACCAGAAACUGCUCAAGAGGUUUUUGAAGCCAACGGAAACAAAUCUACCGGCAAAACGGUAACAACUUUAUUGAUAAAUCCAUCUUUUCUCUCAUACUCAAACGACACUCCGGUUAGCUCCCGUUAGCUGGCUAGAGGCUGCAUUGUUUUUAUUUUCGCCUCUUCUAUGGUCGUACAAAAAUUACUCCUCAAAGUUCCCCGGCCAAGGCAGGGGGUCUGGACUGCCUGAGUUAUGGUUUUCUGUCGGUCCCCAGAAGAUGGAUGAAAGGUCCAGCAGCCACAGCCACCACAGACUCUUAAUCGCCCUGCUCAUGGUGUUGCUCUUCGGCGUCAUCACGGUCCAGUAUGUAUGCCCAAGCAAGUCUGAGUGCCAUUUGUUACAUCAGCUCGUCUCCUGGUUCAGAGACGGUAGAGCGACUGGUUCCCGCGACGGUGGCAGUGAGGUCCGAGUGGGGCUCCAAAAGGAUCCGUACAUAGCAGAAGACGGCGCCUUGGUUCGCUUUGUUCCUCGCUUUAACUUCACCCAAGUAGAUUUAAUCCGGGAUGUCGACUUCAACAUCAAAGGAGAUGAUGUUAUUGUCUUUCUACACAUUCAAAAAACCGGCGGUACGACAUUUGGUCGACACCUGGUACGUAAUAUUCAGCUGGAGAGGCCUUGCGAGUGUCAUGCCGGUCAGAAGAAAUGCACCUGUUACCGGCCCGGUAAGAAGGAAACCUGGCUCUUUUCCCGGUUCUCUACUGGUUGGAGCUGCGGGCUUCAUGCGGACUGGACCGAGCUGACAAGCUGUGUACCGUCCCGCAUGGACUCCCGUGAGGUUCCUGAAAACAUGCCCAGGUAGGUGGAGGGGGCCUUUGGUUCUGAACGGAAAUAUUGUCUUCAUAAAGUUUGAUUCAGUGGUAAUACAUUAAAAAUAAAGACAGGCACGUCAGAACGAGUAAUAAAAUGUUGCAGUUCUGGUUAUGAUGAUUAAAAUAAUAAUAAUUAGGGAUGGGAAUUGAUAAGAUUUUACCGAUAUUGAUCCCAUUAUUGAUUCUGCUUAUCGAUUCCAUUCUUGGUAACCCUUUCUUUUACGGUACACUUAUUACCAGGUAAUUCAAGGGAAUUACCCAGUAACAACAUGAAAUUAUCUGGUAAUUACAUGGUAACUACUAAGUCAAUACUGUCUAGUUCUUUUUUUCUUUUUUCUGUGCAGCUCCAUUUUCAAAAGCUUUUUGGGGUUCUUAUUUUCUAUGAUUGACACUUGAUACAGCCUCUGGGCGUGCCAAGAUUGCAUAGCGAUACGCUGUUUGAGCCGAGCAUUAUCACAGCGACUCACCCGGCGAAUGCGUACAAUGCUACUACGCAAGUGGUGGUUCCAGGAAGCGGAGAAAAUCCUGGAAAUACCAGAGCAAUUCGGCUUCAAAUUUGUAAGAUGAUGGAAGGUUACGUAUCUGGUAACUAUUGACUUAGUAUUUAUCAUGUAAUUACCAGAUAAUUUCAUGUUGUUACUAAGUAAUUACCUGUUAAUUACCUGGUAAUAAGUGUACCGUAAAAGAAAGGGUUACCCAAUUCUUUAACGAUUCUCUUAUCAAUGCCUUGCUUUGAUUUAAAAAAAAAAAAGUAGUCUAUAGGUUUUCACCGUUAACUCAAAAUUUUAUUUAGUCUCUGAUAACAGUAGUCUAAAAAUAAUCAAACAACAAACUAUUUGUACAGCGUUUACUUAAGUUGGUAUUUCGUCAAAUUAGGAUGAAUAUAUUCUGGAUCCCCAAAAUGAUGACAUAAUUAAGCAGGAGGUGGAGUCGCGCGCAAAAUUAAGAGGGUUUUGGGUCGGGGCGGGUGUUUUUGACGGGCUUCUUGCACAGUCCAAGUCUGGCAUGCAUUGUGCUUAUGUUAACACACGACAUACGUACCCUCCAUGUUGUUGCUGAGACAAGGGCAGCAGUGGCUAAUGACCGGGAGAAAGGAAUCAUUAAGGGAAUCGUUAAGAUAAAAUGUAAACAGUGUUGAUGGAUUGAACCAUCUGGAACUGGUUCUCAACAAGAACUGGUUCUUGAUUCCCAUCCCUAAUAAUAAUAAUAAUAAUAAUAAUAACUUCAUUUGUGUAGCACUUUUAAAAACAGAAGUUUACAAAGUGCUUUGACAUGUGGUCAUGGAGCACAUGGAAAGAGACAGAAAGACCAAAAAGCUCAGUUAAAACGGAGUUGAAGGCCAUUUUCAUGUCAUAAGGAACCCAGACAAUACAAGAACCAUGCAACGUAAAACGAGACCAUGAGGACCAAAAUAAAAACAUAAAACAGUUAAGAAAAAGGAAAUGCAAUUAAAAAGGGGGGGUUAAAAGCGGAAACAGCGUAGUAAAUAUAAAAGGCAAUAUCAACAAUGAUAAUAUAAUAAUAACAGGUAAUACUGAUAAUAGUAGUAAUGAUAAAAUAGAGCAACAGAAAUGAGCAAGAGAUAAAACAAUAAAAGGCCUAAAACGUUAAUUAAGAAAAGAGUACAAGUAUAACAAAAGCUAAAAAGACAGUAAAGCCAAAAUAAGAUAAAAGAAAUAAGAGAUAAAAAAACGCAUCACUUAAAAGCAAGUCUGCAAGUGAGUUUUUAAUUUCGACUUAAAAGAAGUGAUUGUCUCUGCACGCCUUAUCUCCUCUGGCAGGUCGUUCCAAAGUCGAGGAGCUCUGAUGGAGAAAGCUCUAUCACCUUCAGUUUUGAGCCUCAACUUUGGAACAACCAGGAGGCCUUCGCCAGGGGAUCUUAUACAUUAUAAUAGACUGACUUAUCACAUUAACUUCACGAGAAUAUUUAAGUUUACUUAUAUCUAACUUCUAUUUUCUCCCCCCAGAAGGAACUAUUAUUACAUAACCAUCUUAAGAGACCCUGUAUCACGCUACCUGAGUGAAUGGCGUCACGUGCAACGUGGUGCUACAUGGAAGGCUUCCUUGCACGUGUGCGAUGGAAGGUCACCCACCCUGUCUGAGUUGCCAAGUUGCUACUCGGGUGAUGACUGGUCAGGUUGCUCCCUGCAGGAAUUCAUGGACUGCCCGUUCAACUUGGCCAACAACCGGCAGACCCGUAUGCUGGCUGAUCUCAGCUUAGUUGGUUGCUAUAACGUCUCUGCAAUGAAUGAGGAAGAGCGUUGGGCUGUACUCCUUGAAAGUGCUAAACGCAACCUCCUUGGGAUGGCCUUCUUUGGACUGACUGAGUACCAGCGCAAGACCCAGUAUCUAUUUGAGCGAACCUUCAACUUGGAGUUUAUUGCACCUUUUACUCAGCUGAAUGGCACACGUGCCUCCAGUGUUGAGGUCCCUUCUGAGACGGAGCACAGAAUUCUCAAGCUGAACCGUUGGGAUGUAGAUCUCUACGAAUAUGCCCGUGAUCUUUUCCUGCAGCGUUUCCAGGUGGCCAGACAGCAGGAGCGCAGGGAGGCCAGGGCAAGGCGACAGCAAGAGAGGAGGCGUCUCCGUGGCAGAUUCACAACGAAGCAAGGGAGGCAAAUUCUAAAGCCCACUGAAUCACCCCGGCAGCUUGACCCAUACUCUGUAGUGACUGAAGAGCAGCAGAGAGGGAAGGAUGGUGGAGACAGUGAGGAUUCAGAAGUGCUUCUACCAGACUGGUGGGAUCUGGAUGAAAACAGCACCCUUGAGGAUUACAUGGACAAUGUCGAGCAGUGGUAGGGAUGGAAACAAGCAACCAGGUGUCCUAAUACCUAGUGUGCCAAGUCUGCCUUGAUUCAAUGAAACCAAGUAAUUCUUUUAAGUAUAUGUGUUUUCAUUUUGUUCUAUUUUUUGUCAUGAACAGUUUUCAAUAACACUAAUUUAUUUAUUGAUACUGAUUGUAUUAAUUUGUCAAAAGUGAAUACAUGGAUACGUUUCCCUGACAGAAAGGAUGGUGCAUUUCACUACCUUUAUGUGAUCACCUAAGCCCUUUAGAUUGUUAUUGUUGCUUUUAAAGACAUGUCAUAAUGUUUGGAAUGCAGCCAUGAUAAUUUGAUCAUUUUUGAAUGAGCAAUGUUCAACCGUUUCUAUAUUAAUAUGCUACUGUUUGUAAUUUACAAUCUUUGUUUGCCAAAUUGCUGUCUUGUCUGAAAUACAAACAUUUAAUAAUGUAACUGUGAUUUUAAGUAUGUUUUAAUUCACAGAAAAGAAGAAUGGAAUUAUCAUUGAUACCUCAAUGUGUAGCAUUAACUGCUUUAACUGUAAAAUACUGAAUGUGUCUCAAGUCUUGGUUUUAUAUAAAAUCUUUUUACAUCCACUGAA